AUGCAUCCGUCUGGCUAUAUUGUUAAGAAAACUAAGUUAUCAGACAGGUGCCAGAAGGAAUGUCUCUUGCGGCUGCAUCCACGAUUCCCACAAAUUUCUGCACGGCUUUCCUUUCCCUGUCAGAAAAUCUGCCCUGAGAACUUUGUGCCUCGUGACGAGCAAAUUCCAAUCUUGAUCUGGGGAGCCGGUAGUUCAGUUGGUCACUUUGCAGUUCAAAUUCUCAAGAAUUGGGGAUACAAGAAUGUCAUUGUUGCGGCAUCCCUCAAGCACGAGAAAAAGCUUAAAUGUUAUGGCGCAGCGUAUGUUUUUGAUUAUCGCAGUACUGGCGUCGUUGACUGUAUUCUUGAGCUUUUGACCUCGAGCAAAUCCCCUGAGGCGAUUCGCGUCUUUGAUUGCGUCGACUCCAAAUUCGGCUCCUUGCUUCCUAUUUCAAAAAUUGCGACCCGAGCAGGCUCCAAGGUCGCAGUUGUUUUGCCUGUUGUGAUUAAUAGCUCCUCGGACGCGAAUGGACUGCAGCUGUCUGCUCAUGUCUCCACGGGGGCAGAUUGGGCAAAGGUUGUGGAAAUUCAUAGCAUUGUCAGCUACGGUUAUGAAGCGCGAGUUGUUCAAGGGGACACGCUGCUAGAGCGAGCUUGUACGGCCCUAGACAUCACGAGGACCGGUACCGUUAGCGGCGAAAGACUCGUCUGGAAAGUUUGGACGGCCGAAGAAUUCCCUGAGUACAAGUAA